ACAGGGAGGGGAAAAUGCUACGGGAGCUUUUUCCACGCUCCGAGUGGGAAAACCUCGAGCCUGUGUGCUGGAAGGGCUGCUCGGAGCACGGCAGUGCCGGAGCUCUCCGGGGCUCACUCCUCACCAGUCCUCCCCUGCUGCCAUGGUGGCGCUGGGUGACACUGGGGCACAAAACAAGGAGAAAACCUUGGAAUGUCCGUGUUUUUUUUUGAUUGGAAAUCACGGCGGGGGCUGAGCAUCCCGGCCGAGCUGGGGCUGGCAGCGGGAUGGCAGCGGAGCUGCAGCUUCCUGGCUGCCAGCGCUGUCAUCUGAGUCACUUCCAGGCGUCGUGGGGACCCUGUCGGGUUCUGCUUCGUUGCUUCCCUUUUUCUUGACUGCCAUGGGGAGCACCAGGACGGAGUAGAAAGCUGGAGGAGGUGGAUGGGGGCAGCUGGAGGAGGAUGGCGUCCCACCGGCGCUGGGGACACCGGGAGCCUUGGGGUUUGGAAGCUCUGGCCAUGGAUCAGAAAGGCUAUCGACGGGGGAGCUUCCAGAGCAGCACCAGUGAUGAGGAUAUGCUGGAAAUAGCCGGAGCAUCUGUGGACUUAUCCAUGGCAGACGAUGACCCACCACUUGACAGGGAGAUGGGAGGCUUUUCCACCUAUAAUGGAGGAGGGAUGAAUGGCAAAAGCACCAUGAUGGAUUUCCUGGAGGAACCUCUUCCUGGAGUGGGCACCUAUGAAGAUUUUAACACCAUAGACUGGGUGCGAGAGAAAUCCAGGGACCGGGACAGGCACAGGGAGAUCACCAACAGAAGCAAGGAGUCCACCUGGGCGCUGCUGCACAGCGUGAGUGAUGCCUUCUCUGGCUGGUUGCUGAUGCUCUUCAUUGGGUUGUUGGCAGGCUCCUUGGCAGGGCUGAUCGACAUCUCUGCCCACUGGAUGACAGAUCUGAAGGAAGGAGUGUGCUUGGCAGGGUUCUGGUUCAACCACGAGCACUGCUGCUGGAAAUCCAACACCACCUUCACCGACAGAGACAAGUGUCCCGAGUGGAAGAGCUGGUCCCAGCUCAUCCUCGGCUAUGGAGAGGGGGCAUUUGCAUAUAUUCUCAACUACUUCAUGUACGUUGUCUGGGCCUUGAUGUUCUCCCUCCUUGCUGUGCUACUUGUGAAGGGGUUUGCUCCUUAUGCCUGUGGCUCAGGGAUCCCAGAGAUCAAAACUAUCUUAAGUGGUUUCAUCAUUAGAGGCUACCUGGGCAAGUGGACGCUGGUCAUCAAAACCAUCACCCUCGUGCUGGCCGUGUCCUCGGGGCUGAGCCUGGGCAAGGAGGGGCCCCUGGUCCACGUCGCCUGCUGCUGUGGGAACAUCCUGUGCCAUCUCUUCACCAAGUACCGCAAGAACGAAGCCAAGCGCAGAGAGGUGCUGUCAGCAGCCGCCGCCGCCGGCGUGUCGGUGGCUUUUGGUGCGCCCAUCGGAGGAGUGCUCUUCAGCCUGGAAGAGGUGAGUUACUACUUCCCUCUCAAGACGCUGUGGCGCUCCUUCUUCGCCGCGCUGGUCGCUGCCUUCACCCUGCGCUCCAUCAACCCCUUCGGGAACAGCCGCCUCGUUCUCUUCUACGUGGAGUUUCACAUGCCAUGGCACCUGCUGGAGCUGGUGCCCUUCAUCCUGCUGGGAAUAUUUGGUGGACUCUGGGGAGCUUUCUUCAUCCGCAGCAACAUCGCCUGGUGCCGGCGGCGCAAGACGACCCGGCUGGGCAAAUACCCCGUGCUGGAGGUGUUUGUGGUCACGGCCAUCACAGCCAUCCUGGCCUUCCCCAACGAGUACACCAGGAUGAGCACCAGCGAGCUCAUUUCGGAGCUCUUCAACGACUGUGGGAUUCUGGACUCGUCCAAGCUCUGCGAGUACGUGAAUGAUUUCAACAGCACCAAAGGGGACGACCUGCCGGACCGCGCCGCCGGCCCGGGCGUGUACACGGCCAUGUGGCAGCUGGCUCUGGCCCUCAUCAUGAAGGUCUUCAUCACCAUCUUUACCUUUGGCAUGAAGGUGCCCUCGGGCCUCUUCAUCCCCAGCAUGGCCGUGGGGGCCAUCGCAGGGCGGCUGCUCGGGGUGGCCGUGGAGCAGCUGGCCUUCUACCACCACGACUGGGCCAUCUUCAGCGGCUGGUGCAGCCAGGGGGCCGACUGCAUCACCCCCGGCCUCUACGCCAUGGUGGGCGCCGCGGCGUGUCUGGGCGGGGUGACCCGGAUGACCGUGUCGCUGGUGGUCAUCAUGUUCGAGCUGACGGGGGGGCUGGAGUACAUCGUCCCCCUGAUGGCAGCGGCCAUGACCAGCAAGUGGGUGGCCGACGCCAUCGGGCGGGAGGGGAUUUACGACGCCCACAUCCGCCUCAACGGGUACCCCUUCCUGGAGGCCAAGGAGGAGUUCUCGCACAAGACGCGGGCCAUGGACGUGAUGAGGCCGCGCAAGAACGACCCCCCCCUGACGGUCAUCACCCAGGACAGCAUGACCGUGGAGGACGUGGAGACCAUCGUCACAAAAACCACCUACAGCGGCUACCCCGUGGUGGUGUCCAGGGCGUCCCAGCGCCUGGUGGGCUUCGUCCUCAGGAGGGACCUCAUCAUUUCAAUCGAAAAUGCCCGGAAGAAGCAGGACGGGAUCGUGAGCACUUCAAUUAUUUGUUUCACUGAUUACUGUCCCCCACUGCCUCCGAGCUCCCCCUCUGUGCUGAAACUCAGGAGCAUCCUGGACCUCAGUCCUUUCACAGUGACGGAUGAAACGCCCAUGGAAAUUGUCGUGGAUAUUUUCCGCAAGCUGGGAUUGCGCCAGUGCCUGGUCACUCACAACGGGAAGCUGCUGGGGAUCAUCACCAAAAAGGAUGUACUAAAGCACAUUGCACAGAUGGCCAACCAGGACCCAGAGUCCAUCCUCUUCAACUAGAGGCAGACUGUAGGAACUGUGUGUCCACACACAUGGAACUUUCUAGCCCAUCCUGGAUAGACUUUCCUAUUUUUAUUGAGACCAUGGAACUGUUUCCAGAGUUUUCCUCCACGGAGCCGAAGAAGAUAAGUUGUUUUUUUCUACCAGAUAACCAAUUGCACUACGGAAUCUGUGGAACAGGAUCUUCUUUUUAGAAGAAAAAUAGACUUUAUUUACGUUGCUUUUGUGAAGUUGCAUUGGAAAGAUUCCAUGAAGGAGUAAAAGCAAAGUGUUAGAGAAUUGUAUUUCCUCCUCUUCUUUCAUUGGAACUGUUGUUACUAACCUGGGGAGGAAAAACCAAGGUGUUUUUGCACCUCCAGAGGUGUGGAAGGAGCAGGAUGAUCUUGCACAGUGUUCAGGUGGUGGCAGAGGGACACGGCUGUACUCAGGGUGGUGCAUUCCCAAUUAACCACUUGGGAAAAAUUAGAACCUUGUAAAGCCAAAAUAGGGGAGGGAAAAUUAAAAAUUGGCCAGCUGAGGCUGCCUGGCUGAAAGAAGGAAAAAACAAAACCCAGACCAACCCUCCCCUUAAAAUUGGGCCCAGUUUCUGAUUGGGAAGAAGCUGGUUUUGAUUAAUUAGUGAAUGUAUUAAUUACUCUGCCGCUGCCUUGCCGGGAGAGCCCCAAGGAGGAGGCAGGAGGAGUUCACAGACGUGUUCCCCUCCUGAUCCCUUUUACAGCUCCAUGCCCAAGGAUUCAGUCUCCUUGAUUUCCCUUAAGCAUGUCACGAAAAUCCCAGAGGCUGAGCCUGCUGUUCCUGCCCUUUCCCAAAAACCCUGAUGGUGUUGGACAUUGCACAGGUGACCUCCUCCUCCUCACCACCUGUCCCACCAGAGAGCCCCGCACCCAGAAUGUCCACAGGGAUGUGUGUGCUGUUCCCUGCUCCCUUCCCACGCCAGAUCCCAGCUGGAGAACUCCCAACACGGCCACUUCCCUGCGGCGCUGCUCCAGCUCUCCUCUGGCCAACAACUAUGCAAUAAACCCUUCCCAGCCUGGUCCACCGUGUCCCUCUGUGCUCCUCAGUCCUUGUCCCAGAGCUGACCAAAUGACUUUCCUGUUAAUGAAACCUGUGCCCAUUCCCUGGAAUUGGGGAGGUUUAUGGAUGCUGGGGAGGCUGGUGCUGUUCGUCAUGGCCGCGGUUGUUUCACGCUCCGUGACAAACCUGUUCUGUGGGGAGUGGGGGCUCCUGGCUGGACGUGGCUGGAAGUUGGGUACACCUCAGACUCUCUCAAAUGCAAACAAAUUCCUCAUCUUUCCAUGGAGCAAAAGCCAGAUUCUUAAUCUUCCAAAGCCAUCCAGCAGCCCGUCCCUGCUGCUGCUGCUUCCAGCCAGCAGCACCGUGGCAAUGUUGGAAUUCUUGUACAGCUCAAAGCUGCCUCAGCUCGAGAUGUCACUGACAGAUCCCAUUCCUUCUGUUUGGAAAAUAAAUGCCUGGCCUGGUUUGUGGUGGUUUUGUGCAGCA